CUAGCAUUCCCUCCCUCCUCCUGUGGCCGUGGUAGAGCUCCGUCUUCACUCUGAGCGGCAGUCACGGUGCGCAGACGUGCUGAUACAUUAUGGGUGGCAGAGGAAUACCUUUAUGGAUCGCAACUCUCGCAUCUCUCACUCUUCUGAGAGACGUAAUGAGUCAGAAUAUCCAGAAUCUGAUGGUGAGGCCUGGAGACUCGGUCACUCUACAGACCGGACUCACUGGGCUCAAUGGUGACGAUAUCGUCUGGAUUUAUGGUUCUGACCAGACACUCCUCCUCUGUGAUGGGGGAGAAAUCACCAGCGUCCCAGACGAAUAUGCUGGACGUCUCCAGCUUAACCAGUCGUCUGGCUGCCUUACUAUUUCCAACAUCAGGAAGAGCGCCGUUUACAGAGGGGAGAUGUACAAAGAUGAGAUGCACACUUUUAAUUAUAAUGUGACUGUUGUGGAGGCUGGAGCUCCCUUUAACUCUGCUGCUGGCCCCGGGAGCCUCUGGGGGCUCGUCGUAGCUGCCGCUGUCUGCUGUGUGCUGGUCGGCAGCUGAAGUGACCUCUGAUGUCUGCAAACCUCUGGGCCAAAGAUCACCUCAGCCUCCCUCACAUCUCACCAAAGUCCUGCUGAGGCCAGAUGAAGGAGCCAAUAAGGAGAAAUGUGUUUGUACUCCGCAGUUCAAAUCAUUCCCACGUUUGACUGACGGUGCUGAUAUGCUACUGACCAUGACACUAGCAAAUGAACUUAUGUGAUAUUAUUGGACUGAUUGAAAGAACAUUUCUCACUGAAUGCUGUGAGUUUGUGCAGAGUUUGUGAAAUGUGCCCUGAUCUGAGCUUUAAACUCAUCAACUUUCAUAUGGAGUGUGCACACCUGUCUGAAGGUACACAGGUGGAGAAAUGUUGUCUUCUUCAAUCCAGCAAUAAAUUUUAUGCAAUCUAAA